AUGGAUGACCUCUUCGCUGUGUUCGAGGAGCAGCCUCGCGCUCCCAAACGCAAGGCCGACGCCGAUGUUGAAAUGGCGGACCAUCUCGAAAACGGUCAGAACGAAAGUGCGGCUGUGAUCAAACCGGAAGAGGAUACGAACCCUGCGGACGAGCAGGAGGACGGAGAUGCAGAGGGGCCAGCCGAUACCAAGAGGCAAAAAAUGGAGGGCGAGGCCGAGCCUAUCAUCACCGACACAUUCGAGACAGCCGAGUCUAGAGAGGUCAACGCCGCCCAGGGCUUCGCACCAUCGACAGAUGAGGGCUCGCUCGUCCUAUCUCACAACAUUCAACAUCAAGUCGCGCUACCACCAGAUCUCGAUUAUGAGUACAUCCCUCUCUCCGAGCACAAACCCCCCGCCGAACCCGCGAGGACAUACCCGUUCAGGCUCGACCCUUUCCAAGCUAUGUCCGUCGCGUCCAUCGAGCGCGAUGAGAGCGUGCUCGUCUCAGCCCACACCAGUGCCGGAAAAACGGUCGUUGCCGAGUACGCCAUUGCCCAAUGCCUCAAGAGGAAUCAAAGGGUCAUCUACACGAGUCCCAUCAAGGCGCUCAGCAAUCAGAAAUACCGCGACUUCCAAGCCGACUUCGGCGACGUUGGUCUGAUGACGGGCGACGUCACCAUCAACCCGACUGCCAGCUGCUUGGUCAUGACCACCGAGAUUCUGCGGUCCAUGCUGUAUCGCGGUUCCGAGAUCAUGCGCGAGGUGGCCUGGGUCAUUUUUGACGAGAUCCAUUACAUGCGCGAUAAGACUCGCGGUGUCGUUUGGGAGGAAACCAUCAUCCUCCUCCCGGACAAGGUCAGAUAUGUCUUCCUGUCCGCCACCAUCCCCAACGCCUUCCAAUUCGCCGAGUGGAUCGCCAAAAUCCACCGCCAGGCCUGCCACGUCGUCUACACGGAUUUCCGACCGACACCGCUGCAGAACUACUUCUUCCCGGCCGGCACCAAUGGCAUCCACCUCAUCGUGGAUGAGAAGGGAAACUUCAAAGAGAACAACUUCAACUUAGCCAUGGCCGCCAUCGAGAGUAAAAAGGGGUCCGACCCGGCCGACUGGAGCGCCAAGCAGAAGGGCAAGGGGAAGAACAAGAAGACGAACAAGGGCGGCGAGGCACCCGACGAGAAGUCCGACAUCGCCAAGGUCAUCAAGAUGAUCAUCAAGAAGAGCUUCCAGCCCGUAAUCGUCUUUAACUUUGCCAAGCGCGAAUGCGAGAUGAUGGCGCUCAAGACUUCAGUGAUGAAGUUCAACGCCGCCGACGAGGAGGCAAUGGUGGAUAGUGUGUUUCAGAAUGCGCUGGGCCAGCUGUCGGACGAGGACAAGAACUUGCCACAAAUCUCCAACAUUCUCCCCUUGCUACGGAAGGGCAUCGGUGUCCAUCACUCGGGCCUGCUCCCCAUCCUGAAAGAGACCAUCGAGAUUCUGUUCCAGGAAGGCUUAAUCAAGGUCUUGUUCGCGACCGAGACCUUUUCCAUCGGCCUCAACAUGCCCGCAAGGACCGUCGUCUUUACCCAAGUUACGAAAUGGGACGGCGUCCAACGCCGCCCGCUCACCUCGUCAGAAUACAUCCAGAUGGCAGGGCGAGCUGGUCGCCGUGGUCUUGAUGAUCGAGGUAUCGUCAUCAUGAUGAUUGACGACAAGCUCGAGCCUGAUGUGGCUCGGGGCGUUGUUGUUGGCCACCAGGACCGCCUCAACUCGGCGUUCCACCUGGGAUACAACAUGAUUUUGAAUUUGCUGCGUAUCGAGGCCAUCUCACCCGAAUUCAUGCUCGAGCGGUGUUUCUUCCAGUUCCAAAACACCUCCAGCGUCCCGCAGCUCGAGCGGGACCUGGCCAGCCUGCAGCAGGAGCGAGACAGCAUGAUCAUCCCGGACGAGGCCACCAUCAAGGACUACCGCACCAUCCGCCAACAGCUCGACGGAUACCAGAAGGACAUGCUCGCCGUGAUGCAGCACCCGAAUUAUUGCGUCAAGUUCCUAAAGCCAGGCCGGCCGGUCGAGAUUGAGACACCGAGCGGCACCAAGUAUGGUUGGGGCGUGGUGAAAGAACCUAUGUCAAGGCCGACACCGCCGUGCCCGAUGGCGUCCAUCCGGCAAAGCCCGGCGAUCCGGGCAGGUGGGAGGUCGUCCCGUGUUUCCUCAGCUGCAUGA